AUGGAUUGCCGACCGACGGGCAAGCGCCUCAUUGGCGCCCCCCCCGCCCGUAAGCAGCCCGUCGAUGCAACUGGCUCGCGCGGCCACGGCCGCAACGACGCGUCGCCGGCGGCGCUCACUCGAGCCCGAGCCCUCCGCGACGGCAACGCCAGAAACUUGCGGACAGCAACGGUCGCAGGCACUUCGAUGGACCCGACCUUCAAGCCGGGAAGCAGCAUCCUCGUCGAGGCGCGAUCGGCCACCGCGGAGGAGGAUCGGGGCGACGUCGUGGUACUCCGCUCGCCAGAGGAGGGCUGCGAGGAUGAUCUGCUCACCAAGCGCGUAGUCGGCCUCGAGCGAGACUGGCUGUAUGCGAGGGACGGGAGGUUGGUGAGGGUGCCGACUGCGCACGUCUGGGUGGAGGGUGACAACGCCUCCAACUCGAAUGAUAGCACGCACUACGGCGCAGUUCCUCGGGACAAACUGGUGGGCACGGCCGUGGCUAAGGUGUGGCCGCCCGCAGAGGCGGGCCCUGUCGCGGACCGGCACGAGGAGUGCGAGGCUCGCGUCAUCCCUGCGGAGGAGGCGCGCCGGCUGAGGAGCCGCAAGACGGAGACGGGAGAGACGCUGCGGAUCGCGCUCCGCGCCAGCCGGGACGCGAUGCAAGAGUACGUCGGUUGGACCCCUCCCGAGGACAAGGCGUCAGGGCGGCCCGCAGGCGCAUAG